AUGGAUUCAGCUCGAAGUAUAUCUGAGCUGAAAUCUGCAUUCAUCUGGAGUCAAGUGCGCAUUUUCUCUGAAAGUCUCGAUUUACCCGAGGACUGGCGAAACUAUGCCGCUGAAACCACGGAAGGUGAUUUGAGUGACAAGGUUAUUGAAGAUGUUCUGCAUAAAGUAAAUGCAGCUGCUAAGCAACACAAUCGCGUUGUCUAUUCCUCCCAAGCGAUCCACCAUGUCGCCCAACAGAUUGCAAACUUGUACUCGUCAUCUGUCAGCCAAGAGGGACGCAGUCGAGAUGCUUUUGCCCGGGGCAUUGAAAAGACGACAGACUUGUCAAGGCAAAUGAAUAUCACAAAGAUGCCUGUUGACCUGGAAACUCAGCAAGCAAGUGAAGAGGAGCAUACAAGAUACCGGCAGCUUCGCGAGCGGCUCGCAGCUCUCGACAAUCAACGGCAGCAACGACAACAGCGCCUUGACCAAUUGCGACAUCUCCGGCGCUUACUUGAGCCAUUUGAGAAUCCACAAGAGGAUAUCCAACCAAAUCUCAUCACAAGGGACGGAGAGCUCGUUCGGGAAUUAGAGAAAAUGCGGAUGCUAGUGGCUAGAGUUGGAGGCCGGAUUGCACAACAGAAAAAGAGCAGCGGUGUCCCUGGACCCCAUAAUUACUCCCUUCCAGCCUCCGAUCAAAGAUUGGAAGCCUUGCUGGAUAUGCCUUGA